GCUUUUUAGAUGUCAUGGCAUCCUCCAUACCGCCGGUCUAAGUUCCGUCAUGUGUACGGUAAACCUGCCUCCAAGGAGAACUGCUAUGAUGGCCUGUCAAUCACACGCAGCGUACAUGACAACCUCUUCUGUUCCGUGAACCCACGCUUCAUUGCCGUGGUCACAGAAUGUGCAGGAGGAGGGGCCUUUCUUGUAAUCUCCAUCCAUCAUAGGGGCCGAGUAGACCCACACCAUCCCCGGGUUUGUGGUCACAGCGGCAGAGUCCUGGAUAUAAAGUGGGAUCCAUUCAAUGACCAGCGGAUUGCAUCCUGUUCUGAGGACUGCACAGUUAAAGUCUGGGAUAUCCCUGGCAACGGUGUGAAGGAGAACAUUACCAUACCCAGAAAAGAACUUCGUGGCCACACCCGAAGAGUAAAUCUUGUCCAGUGGCAUCCGACCGCCAAAGACGUGUUGUUCAGCUCUGCUUACGAUUACAAAGUGCUGGUGUGGCGGCUGGACACAGGAGGACUUGUGAUGAAGACUCCAGUGUGUGUGAUCAGUGUACACAGUGACCUGGUUCUGUCCAUGUGCCUUCAUUCAGACGGCACUCGUCUCGCCACAAGCUGCAAAGACAAGAGAAUCCGGAUAAUUGACCCACGCACUGGGAAACUACUGCAGGAGUCUUGCUGUAAGUCUCACCGGCCCAGCAAGGUUGUGUUCUUAGAGAAUCACAACAUGCUCCUGUCCACUGGUACAUCCCAGUGGAACCAGAGACAGUUUGCAUUAUGGGACACGGAUGAUCUUUCUGUGUCAUUAUUGGAGGAAGAUUUGGAUGGAGGUUCUGGAGUUCUUUUUCCUUUCUAUGACCCUGACCUACACAUGCUGUAUCUGGCAGGAAAGGGUGAUGGGAACAUUCGCUAUUACGAAGUCGCCUCCGAGAAGCCUUACAUACACUUUCUAGCAGAAUACCGCUCCCCACUCCCACAGAGAGGACUGGCGGUGAUGCCAAAACGUGGUCUGGACAUGAGUGCGUGCGAGGUGUAUCGUUUCUAUCGACUGGUGACCACUAAAGACUUAGUGGAGCCAUUGUCCUUCAUUGUCCCGAGGAGGUCUGAGGGCUUUCAAGAAGACAUUUAUCCAAUGACAGCAGGCAAUGAGGCAUCCAUGACAGCUCAAGAGUGGCUCAUGGGGCAGAAGAAAGGCCCAGUGCUGCUGUCUCUUAAGCCAGAGACUAAGAUCCUGAACCCAUACCCAGCUCCAGUAGAGGUAAAAAGGCUGUACCAACACCCACACCAUUCUGUGGAACGGGCCUUUCUGGAGGAACAGCUGGCCUAUCAGGAUGCAAAAUACACACAUGACAUCAGAGACCUGUCAGGCUGGCAAGAGGAUGAGACCCAGACGCAGGAAUGGACCAACACCUAUAGAGGAAACACACUUUCUAUCCAGUCACACAAACCUUUGGCACAUUCUGAAUUACACUGGUGUGAGUCAGCAGUGUAUAUUCCACCUCCAGGAGAAACAGAGCUGUUACAGGUGUUCUAUCGUCAGCAGGAAGAGAUCCGACGUCUUCGUCAGCAGCUGGACCACAAAGACGAAAGAAUACGACAGUUGGAGCUAGAGAUCCGGAACCUUCGCAACUACAUGAGAGCCUCUUUCUGA